UAGUCAUCAGUUAACAGGCUGCGAGGGCACUUUAAAAGCAGCUCCGCAGCUUCAUGGAGAUAUGUGCUUGAGGAGGACUGUUGAGCCAGUAGCAGUAGGGCAGAUAUCCUGACUUUACCCACUCAAACACUAGACCAGAAUGAUGAUGUUGUGGAUCUUGUGCCUGCUGAUUGGAAGCAUGACCUGUUCUCCUGUAAACAAAUUAGCCACAAGCUUUACAUCACAGCCGAUCCCUCCUUUUCCUGGUCACUGGGGAGGUUCUGAUGUGGGCAGCAGCUCCCCUCUGUCUGACACAGCCUCUGAGGUUCCUGCUUCUGAAGAUGUUGUCUACGCUGGUCCUGGUAGUUACAGCGGCAGCACCAACAUGGCUGUGGCUGACACUGGCUUCUACCACAGCCCUGCAGCCAGUGAAUAUGGUGCUGUCCAUGCAGCCCCUCACACUGGCAGCUAUGGUGCUCCAGGUGGCCAUUAUGGUGGCCAUUAUGGGUUUGCAGCUCCUCAAGAUGAGGACUUGAGUGCUGGAUCUGCUACUGACAGUGCUGCUGAGGAAACCCCUGAGCCAAUCUUCAGUGAUGUGUCUAAUCUGGAGCCAGUCUACUCUUACAGCUCUCGUUCAGCCUACCAGCAAGGAAGACUAAGGUUUGCUCAGACCCGCUACACCCCAGGAGAGCCUGUUCCUCCCAUGCCACUAUCCAGGCGCGUCAGCAAAACCUCCAGGCCGAGCAGUCCUGUUAAAGCACCAGCCAAAGAGGUCUACUAAAGCUCUUUCUGGUCUCAUGUCUUGAUGUCUGCUUGCUGCUUUAUGACCAGAUACCAAUAAAAUUCAUUAAGUAUUA